UCCACUUUAGUCGUAAUAAAUAAUUAUCAUAAAACUUCUGUUCCCUAUAUUAGACUCGACACAGAAAAGAAUCGAUUGAAAUUGAAACUGUACAUCCCGCGACUGGAGAUGACAGCGAAUUACUAUUUGGAAGGUAGAAUCAUGUUGUUGCCGAUCACAGGAGACGGCAUCAGCCACGGGAAUUUCACGGACAUCGAAACCGUGAUCACGCUGCAGUUCGAACGUUAUCAGGACGAGGUGACAGGGUCAGUUCAUCAAAGGGUGGAUGAUAUCUACGUGGACUUCGAGAUCGGCCACGCAGUUGUAUAUUUGGACAAUCUGUUCGACGGCGACGAGACACUAUCCGCAGCUAUGAAUCUCUUCCUGAACGAUAAUUGGAGCACCGUGAUAGCAGAGAUCAAGCCGAAGUUGGAGGAGACUAUAGCUCGACUGGUCAGGGAUUUCACGAAUACGAUAUUCGAAGUGUUCCCGGAAGACGUCCUUCUACCACCUUAAAGCGUAUACUAAAUUCUUAUCUAACUAUUUUUAUAUUUUUUUAAUUUUUAUUACUUUUAAACGCGUUUCAAAUGUUUGCAUGGAAACAUUUUUUAAAACGCUCGAUUCGUACGUGCAUGACCCUGGAGAAAGGCUAACAGUCUUACUGGCUUGCUAGCUGUGUAACUAUAUUGUAGGCGCCGGUUAAAACCAGUUUUACACCCACUUCGUUCGUUCAUUUAAUUAAUUAUUAAAGAAUUAAAAAAUGACUUCCACGAGAGAUAUUUAAUUUAACGUGACAAAAUGUAAAUAUGCUCUUAUGUUAAGUUUAGAACGAUGUAUAAUUUUUCAUUAUUUUUUUUAUUAGGACUGAGCCUUGCAAUUGUCAAUAAUUUAUCUAUAGAACUAACUUUCAAUUACAACCGAAAACGGAGUAAUUUCGAAGUUUGAUCAAUAGUAAUCUCGUACAGUCCUCAUUCCUGAAUUGCUCUUCUAUAAUUAUACUAUUGUGAAAGAUGCCACGAAUAAAUAAUAGAUAGCAACGAGUUUCAUGCAUUUUUAGACCAGCUAAUUGCAUCCAAAUUACUAUUUUUAAUCCGUCCUGUCAAUCAUCGCGACAAGAAUUACGUUAAUAAUAAAUCGUUCUACAAUCAUACUAAAAUAUUUGUUCAAAAUAUAAUUCUUCUGACAUUCUUUAUUUAUAAUAAAUUUUUGGAGUGUACUGUAACAUGCGAAUGCUCUUGCAGUUGGUAUGUAAAAAUGAAAUUUGCAGACUAAAAAAUUCUGAGUAAAAGUAAAGUCGCGAAUAUCAAGGCAACGCAGUCUCAGUGAACCUUUUUACGAACGAUUGCACGCACUCUUUGUUCGAUACUGGUUUUGCGAUAUAAAAAAAGAGGCGAAUGCAGUUGCUCAAGGUGACCAAAAUGACUGGGAACUUCGUAAGCCGAAUCCUGCGUAAAUAUUAUAUGCAACCUUUGGAAUUCAGUGAAUAAUAACAGAGAGAUCAAAGAAGCUGAGCUAAUCACUUUUUCUAUGCAGUUUCUAUAAAUAAGCAAAUCCCCCUUUCAGUUCGAUGAAUAUUAAAACAAUUCUCUGCUGUGAAAUUCCACAAAAGUAUCAGCAAUUAUAUUAGCAAACAAGACUAAUAGGAUGAUAUCCAUAAUUUAAAAUAAAUUAAUGCCUCCAGACGAGAGUCAAGGACUGCUUCUAUUCAAAGCAGAGUAGAAUGUCAUUUCGCGUGAAAUUAGCAGGAACUACAAGAUUUCCUAUAAGAUUUUACUGAAUUUUUUUUAAACUCGUUAAAUCUGCGUUAGAAAGCCAUUUGAAUUAGGGGCACGAGCGUAAAACGUUCAAAGAGUGUCGACACUAUACAUCUGAAUUACGAAUUGGGUAACGGCUACAUGUUCCUUCGGGAUUUCUCCAAACACCGUGAAACAGAAAGUUUCAAGGUGUCCAAAAAAUCGUUCAUUAAAACUAAACCGAGUUCCCCAAAAACUUACCAUUCAUUCAGUUUUAAAAAAUAAGUAGCAAAAUUUAAACUCGAUAUUACGUGUCGUGUUUUAUUAUUCAAAAGGCAUUCACAUUUAUAUUCAAAAGUGAAUAUCGUAAACGAAUGAUGAAGUAAUUUAAAGAGAAAUCAUUUAUUGUUUAAAAGAAUAUUUAAAUUCCUGUUAAAAACUUUCGAUGAUAGAAAAUUCUGUACUUUAGAAUUAAACGCGUAUUGUUGAUCGUAUGGAAAAGAUCCUGCGAAAUGCAGCGACUUUCCACGUCGUUCAUUUCCGAGUAAUUUGUCAGCUAUUCGAUGCACGCUUCCUAUCAAGGACUAAUUCGAAAAAAGACAAUGCCGCAUUACAAAUUCAUGGCCAGCAGUGCGACGAGUAAAAAAAUACGUGACGUACUGGCAUCGACCACUAAUAAACUGUACAGCGACUUAAAAUAAACUGUCAACUUUUAAAUAAAUCUGUCUACUGUCAACACUGCUAUUAUUAAAUUUUUAUUAACUCCCAUAGGGAGGUACGAAUACAAAUUAUUUAAUUAAUUAGCAUGGCAUUAUAAUUUACUGUCUGAAAGAAAUUAUAAUAAUCACGGGAGGCCCUUUUAAUUCACUCUAAUUGAUCGAUUUUGUCCAUUUAGGGAAAUCCGGAAAAUGAAUUAUAGUAACGAAGAACAAAAUCGUUUCACAAGCGUACGAUUCAAAUAAUGUCAUUAAAGCGUUCGUAAUAGACCGCGUGGAUGAUGCUUAGCUCUCGCAAUGAUCCAGCAAACCGCGGUUACGCAAACUGCGUUGUUCGUUUGUCGGUGCACAGAAUUUUUCUAAGCCUGGCUAUUAUGUCCGUCCACCGUGCAUUGUGCAAUGAUCUAAUUUAAAUGUCGCUUAAGUAAGAAUUACAAAAUUGUCGUUUCAGUGGUGUCGAACGUUGCUCCAGAACUGUCGACGAAUUUCACGAGGAACGUGUAAUUAAUUCGUUGAUGGAAGAACAUUGAUUGGCACGUGACACCGGAAAAUUUUUAGUGACAAUCAUAUCUUACGUCACGAUUUCAAUGUUUCUACGAAUGCAGUUUCGAUGGAAUAAAAUUUGUACACCUUUCGCCUCGAAUUGUAUGUUGAAAUGAAAAUUAAAUUCAUUGUGAAAAUUCGAAUUGUAUAGAGAAUAAUAUUUAACCUUUGGAUCGUGGAAUCGUCGUGUGCUUUC